CUUGGCUAUUCAACCAUAUUUGUAAUUAAUACAUUUAUUUCUUUAUGUGCAUAACAAAACAGUAAUUUUGUUUGUUAUUAAUUCGUUUAAUUUAAUAGUUAGUUGUUAUAUUGUUGCCCCUUUAUAUAGAAUUCGUUUUAGCUAGUGAAGCAGAAUCCUAACAAUGACUAUCUCCAACCAAUGCCAGAAUCCUUCAGCAGACAAUAACUUGUCUGACAUAUUAACUGCAGCAAAAGUGAAUAAUAUGGAAUCCGAAACCAGUGUUACUAGGAAGUUAUUGCCCCUUGCAGCUUUCUUUAUGGCUUUUACCACAGUCAUGACAGUGCUGAUCGUUUAUAUGGAUAAUACUGCAAUAAAACAUUACCAGUUCAGAGUAAACAUGAGUCAAGAUUAUGACUUGCUGGGAGUAUCCCAAGAUGAUCCACAACUUAUAAUGUAUAUCAGAGCAGUUCAUCUGACACCAGCUAUUGAACCAAAUCACAAGCCAUUGAAGUCUGAAGAUGAAAUAUCAGAAGAUACAGCAUAUGUUAUUAAAUUAUUGAAUAAUAAGCAUAAAGGUUUCUUCAUUGAAGCAGGAGCUUAUGGUGACGGUAAAUCAAAAACUGAAUGGCUUGAAGAAAAUCUCGGCUGGCAAGGCCUACUGAUCCAACCUGAUCCCCGUCAUUACUUUAGCCUUCGUAGACACAAUCGCAAACAUUCCCAAGCUAUACACGGCUGCAUUAGCCCUUCUCCACAUCCAAAGGAAGUCUCACUGCAUCCAGAAAAUGGUGGAAUCAAAGUAAACAGCAUUCGAUCCAGUUUAUUAGAUAUGGAUGAUAGUGACUGGUUCAACACUAGGGUUAAAUGCUUCCCUCUGUAUUCUCUGUUGUUAGCGACAAAUGUAACUAACAUUGAUUAUUUGAUAUUAGAAACAGGUGGUACAGAAUUACAAGUACUGGAAACAGUGCCUUUCGAAAGAACGAACAUCGAAGUUAUAAACGUUCAAGUUAGAAAUAACGAUACCGAGAAAGAUACGCUUAAAAAAUUUUUAGCACUUAAGAAAUACAAAUUUAUGGAGAAUUUUAAUGAAUCUUAUGUGUUUAUGUUAACUCACUGAAAAGGUAUGUUCUUUAUAAAUGAUUUCUUUUAUAGGUUAUAUGGGUAUACCCACAUUUACACUAAACAUACAGAGACAAGUUAAAAGUACUAAACUUUUUAAAUAGCUAUAAUAUGCUAUAGUAAGCUGAAUUUAGCUAUAAUAUACCUUAAAAUUUUCCAAAUGUAUGGUGAUUAUUUUCUUAUUAUGUUAUGUAGGUAUACCAAUUGUUGCCCUCGAUCCCGAAUCUAGGGAAUAUUUAUAAUGAUUCGUUUGGAGUCCAGAGUCUGGAGACCAGAGUUUCCAAUGAGUCUGCAAUCUGCAAUUUGUUUAGAAAUAUGAUUUUCAACUUUUACUUCGUCAGUAAAGGAAAGCAAUCAUAGCUCGGUAAUGCUCAUCAGCAAAAAAAGCAAUCAUAGCUCAGUAAAAAAAUAUAUCUUAGAAGAGCAAUAUAUUACCUGCAGAAAGAUACUUAUCUCUUAAUUGACCACUUUUUGUUUUCUAUCAUCUGACAACUGAGAGAUAGUAUGUCUUAUGUCUCAGUUGUAGUUGUUAGUUUUUUUUUUUGUAAUAAUACUCAUGGACAUAAGGUAUACAUUCAAAAGCUUAUCUUAUAAAAUUGUAUUUUCUACAUACUCUUGAGCAGCUUAUUGUCAUUUUGAUUCGGUAUUAACAUAACUAAUUUUACAACUUAUAUUUUAUUAUACAGUGAUGAGCGUGCUAAUAACCGGCAAAAUAGCGCAAAAGAUGGAAAACGUAUUAAGUUGUGAGAUAAAAAGAAAUGAAACUAGUCGAGCCGGUAAAUUUAGCGAUAUUAACAUAUAAAUUUACAUUAUAUUGAUUGUUUCCCACCUUUACACCUAUCAGAGGAGUAUGUCCACUAAAACUGUCACUGUGACAGUGGCAGUUGCUAAUGGGAAACAAUCAAUAUAAUGUUAAUUUUUGUGCUAUUUUGCCGGUUAUUAACGCGCUCAUCACUGUAUAGUAUGUUUCCAAUGUCAUCCGUGACAACUAUUACCUCUCAUAACUAUUAAAAUCAAAAUAAUAUAUUUUUGGCUAACUGAACAAGGGCACCUAUUCAUACUUUUUAUGUUUCAGUGAAGUAUGUUCGCACAUAUGUUCCUCUCGAAUUUUGCUCAAAUCUCUUUCCCCGUUUUAACAUCUCCACCGUUGAAUUGUAAGAAUUGUACCCUAUUUACUAAACUCAGUUCCUUCUUCUUCUUCAAGUGCCAUCUUCGUUCCGAAGAUUGGCGAUCAUCAGGGCUAUACGUAUUUUCGAAACUGCUGACUGAAACAAUUCGUUGUUGCUACAGCUAUACCAUUCCCGUAGAUUCUUUAGCCAGGAGUUUCGUCUUCUUCCUAUGGACCUUUUUCCUGCUAUCUUCCCCUGCUAAUUAUUCGAAGCAGUUCAUAUCUUUCGCCUCUUGUAAUGUGUCCCAAGUAUUGCAGUUUUCGUUUUUUAAUCGUAAAUACGACUUCCUUUUCUUUAUUCAUUCUUCUCAAGACCUGGACGUUUGUGACUCUCUCCGUCCAUGAUAUUCUCAAGAUUUUGCGAUACAUCCACAGUUCAAAUGCCUCUAAUUUUUUGGUAUGGGUAUUUUUGGUAUUUUUUCACUUUUCUCAUAACUGAGUUUUCCUCUUCUGUCAGUAGGUUUUUAUUUUAAUGGAUCUCCUUUCCUUUCUUGUGGCCACUUGGGUGAGGAGCUGGAAUAGUGAGAGGGAUAAAGCUUUUAGUUUUCACCUCAUCUCUGAGACCCUGACGAUCCUGGAGGUCACCAGAUUAAAUUUUCGUUUAUUGCAAGUCUUUUUUAACCUGGCUUGCCCAUUUUGAAUAAGAUAAUGAACUUGAGAUUAAAAGUGAAUGCGAUGAGUCUUGGAGGAUUCAUACAUUCUAAAUUACCAUAAUUCCCUGUUUUCUCACGUCGGUAACAAAUGUCUUCCAAGUGGCCAUAUAACUCAUAAUUGUAUUUUCGAUUGAAUUCUUUAUGUUCUUUGAAUUUUCCCAAUUUUCUUUCUCAUACUUUCCACAUUUAAACGUUCGAAUGCAUAUGGGGCUGACGGUCUGAUCACUGUAUUAUAAUGACAGAGUUGUUCUGAAGCUAUUUCCUUGUAGUAUGAUAUAAUUGAUCCAAAUAA